GUCUUCUCGAGGCCACUAGGGCUCCUGGGAGGCGCGACCGCAGCGCCGGAGCGGAUCCGAGCCGGACCUCUCUUCCCGGCCGGAAAACCUCGAGGAGAUUUUUCUUAAAAAACUUUAAGAAAUUUGAGGAUGGUGGGGCACAACGACUAACUCCCAUCUUCCUGUGAUUCUUUAGCCGGAAAACGGUCACAUUCUGUGGAUAAGUUCACAAGAUAAGAAAAAGGAUGGCAUCUAGAGUAAAUACCAGUUUCACUUUGAUUCCCAACCAGAAAUACAGACGUAGUAGUCGUCGAUCCAGCCAUGUUUCCAACACCCUGGACUCAGAUUUUCAGCCCUUAUCAGCACUUGGACAUUUUAGAGCCUUGCCAUUGGAAAUAUUCCAAAUAAUCUUAAGAUAUUUAUCAGUGAAGGAUGUCAGCAUGCUAAGCAUGGUGUCCAAAACAGUCAGCCAGCACAUUAUUAAUUAUAUCUCAACCUCAUCAGGAAGCAAAAGACUUUUACUACAGGACUUUCAUAACCUUGAGCUGCUUGGCAAGAGACAAGACUCUGCUGUAUUGGAACACUACAGAUCUCUAGGUUUACUGUUUAAAAGAUGUACAUUGUUGCUACCCACAAAAGAAAGACUAAAGUACAUUCACAAGAUACUCGCAGAAGUUCCCUGUUUUAAAUUCAAUGGCUGUGCAGCUCCUAUGCAGUGUUCAGGAUUAUCAUGUUAUGGCAUGCUUUUACAGACCUUAACAGCAGGUUGGGAUGAACUUGAGUGCCAUCGUGUUUUUAACUUUUUAUGUGAGCUGACUGAUCUCUCCCGCAAAAUGCAGACCAUUGUCUUCAGCAAACCAGGAAAUUCCCGAAAACUAGAGUUAAGGAUCAGACUGUUCUGUAGGAAUGUCCUGUUUGAUCAUUGGACACAUAGAAGUGAUUCUGCUUUUUGGUUGACACGUAUAUUAAAACCAUGGCCAAUGGUGAAUCAGGCAAGAUUACUAUAUAUCAUCUUUGGACCAAUAUCUCCUCAAGAUGGACAAGUGGUUUGGCAGAAAAUGAUAGAAGAACCUACAGAUGAAUCUAGUCUGAAAGGUCUGGCUGAUGCCAUUAAAUUACUAUAUGACACAGGCAUCAAAGAGUGGACAGCAGAUGAUGUUAUCAGUCUUAUAGAUGAACUAUCAGUGGUUCCUCGUGAGUGGCUUCUAGAAAAUAAUGCACGUCUCCUAAUCCUAAGUGGGAACGACAUCUGUUUCACUUUCAUGGCUAGUAAAGCUGUGAAUGGACGGACCGCUGAACUGGCAAGACUGAUAGUCUUUUUGGCUUUGGUGUGCGAGAAAGAACUAUACUGCAUGGACUGGGCAGUUAAAAUGAUGCAAAAAGUCUGUAAAGUCUUUAGUACCUCAGUUGAAAAAAACAACUUCCUGCAGAAUGUGGCAAAUGCAUUUGCAUGUAUUAUAAUGGAAAUGCUGCAGUCAAUUAUGUCUGGAGACCGAGAUGAAGAGGACAGAAUCUUUUUGAAUUUGUUCCAUCUUGUGCAUGCUCAAGCUAACUUCCAUAAGGAGGUCCUGUAUUUGACCAUCGAUUCUAUCUCUACCUAAAUACUCAGAAAGCUGUGCAUUUAGAGACUACCUCACUGAACUAACAAUGAGAAGAAUGCUACUUUCCACAAUCAAAAAAUAGCACCCAAAGAACUUUUUUUCACCCGAGUAAUUCUAAAGUUGCACAGAAUUUUAGUGGCAACUGCUUAUAUCGUUAUUAAUAUAAAAAUUAUAGGCAAACCCAAGAAUAUAUUGAGAUUUCUCUGGAAAACAAGCUGUGCCUCUCCAGAAUUUAUAAACCUCACACCAAAAUUUAGUCUCCAAGAGUCUGGGCCGGCCAGCCUGUAUGUAUGGGUCUUUGAAGCAAGAGAAAAUUUUGUUUUAUAGUUGAGCAGACCCAACUUCUGUAUGUAUCUGUUCACUGUGCUUAGACUGUGUAGACCUAGCCUAGAAUGUUUUGUGAAGGUUUGCAAUAUGAUGUUUUGGAAUGUGCAGAUAUAAAUCACAUUUUAAACCACCUUGUUGGCAUAUAGUUACAAAGAACAUUAUAUUUUGUUCAUGUUUUGUAUGAACUAACAGAUCAAAAACCAAAGGAAGUAUGUGUGUAUAUGUAUAUACAUAUCCAUAAAUAUGUAUAUAUGUACAUAUACACAAAUAUAUAUGUUUCUUUAAGACAAAUCAUACAAAAAGUCUAUAAAGAGAGAGGGGUGUAUAGUAUUUUAAUACAAAUCAUAUUUUAUUUCCUGGGGAUUAGAGUAAAAUGUUGCAAAUAAGGGAAAAUAUAAAAUGAAAGAAAAGUACCUAUUCUGAUGCCAGCACAAUACGCACAAAUAAUUUGCACUUCUUCCUAAAGCUUUUCUCCCUAUCUUGAAAAGUAGAACUUGAAGAAACUGGAAGCAUGGAUGUUAAAGCAGCCCAGGAGUGGGGUUUUUCUUCACUCAAGUAAAUGAAUCCUAAGAAGCUCCAGGACUAUUUCAGUCUGACUAGCAUCACUUUUACUAUUAAAGUAGAAAACAAUAGCGCCUACUGAGGCUGAAAUAGUGCUAGAACUCUCCUGGAUUUUCCAUUUUCUUCUCCUUGGGUUUGAUCAUUUUACUUCUGUUGAACACACAACUUUUCCCACUCGACUUUUCAGACACUGGCUUUCUUUUUCUAAGCCCUUGAUUUAACUCACCUCUUGAGCUGACAAAGGGGAGAAAUAACUAGACGAUAUAGAAAUUACCUGCAGAAGUAGAAUAGAAAUUGUGGAAAAUUCUCAAGUAUUUGGCAAGUGGGGUUCAAUAAGAGAUUUAAUAAGAUUGAGGAAGAGUGAAAUUUGUGGAGAAGAUAGAAAUUUUGAUAACAAGAUUUUACUAUAUUUCAGUAGCAUAAGCACUUGACCUUCUUUUAUGGAUGGUCAGAAACUAACUGCCUUUCUUUGAUGGAUUGUUGGACUGCAAUUCCAUUGGCUGCAGGAAUUAUUUCUCCAGAGUUUAGCAUUUACAUAUUUAUGCAAAAAAACAAGUCCUUGCUUUUAUCCUAGUUUCAUUUUCUUCCUCUAAUUUCAUUUUCUUCCUUCCAGUUCACCACUAAAUUAUGAAGAUUAAAAGUUGGCAGAUACAGAGUACAAAACAUUUUAAUUAGCUUUUUGUUUCUCUCUCACUCUUUUUCUCUUACAUGCUUUGGAAAACCUAACCCAUUUAUUUAUCAAAAUAUUAGUAAUUCCAAGUUGGGAAUAUACUCCAUUAGAUUAUUGGGGGGGGGGGAGAAGAAAAAUGAAGGAAAGAAAGUAAAAAUUUUAAUAUAAAUAGUGAAUAUUUUAAAUAGUUUACUACAUAGAUGUUAAGUUUCAUUCUCUUAGAGAAGCAAUUUCGCAUUGUGAAGUUCCCUUGUGUUCCUUGAAUUACCUAAGUCUCUACAGCAGUUAUUUUCAGAAGUUUACAAAAGAAGAAUGGCUUAAUUUAAAAGAUUUUGACCUGGAUUUUGAAUCUCAUCACACACUUGACAUGACUGCUGCUGUAAAAUUUGAAAAACACAUUAUUGCAUUAUUCUCAAUAAUUGUGAGAUCAUUAUCUCACCGUCCCCAGAAAUUUGGGACAUAAAAAAUCUGAUUCAUUCUUUGGGUACAGUAGAUAAAUGAUAUCAUCUUGCUACCAAUAAAAAGUAAAUAAAAAAAUUCUUCAUUCAAUUAUCAAUGGAUAAAAAUAACUUUUGAGACAAAAUUUCCAGUUUCCUCAAUUCAAUCCAGUUGUGUUUUUUUUUAUUGUGUUUUGUUUUGUUUUUUCACUUUUUGGGUCGACAGUAAUUUUAUUGUAACAGAGAAGCCAGGCUGCAGUAAGUCUACACGAUUAAGGUAGAUGGUGGUUAUCUUCCCAAAGGGUGGAUGAAGCCCGAACCCAGCUGGACAGCAAUCCAGUGUUUUGCUGAAUAUAUUUGUCAUUAGGAAUAAAGUGUGAUAUCAAAUUUUGAAGUGGGAGGCUAAAUUGUGAAAGCAUAUAUGUAUGUAUUAUCAUUAAUAUUAAUGUUUAAGUGAUGGUAUAUGCAAUCAUAUUGCCACAGAAAAGGAGCCUGUGCAAAAUGAAUCGCCUAAAGAUGUUAGGAGAUUGUUCACUUCUAGCUGACUCUAGAACAGUCAUAAUAACAUAACAAUACUAGCAAUUCAAAUCAUUCAUUUAUCCUGUACCUUUUUCUGAAUUAGAAGAUUAACCUGGGCUUCUAGCCCUUUUUUUCCUUUUGGUAGUGAUUUCCUCAGAAUUCUUUGACUUCUAUUUGUAGGAUGAUUUUUACUUCCACUAGAAGGCAAGCCCGAAAAGCUCAAUGACAGCAUUACAUUUAACUUUACUAUUGUUUCUAAACACACACACACACACACACACACAGAGGACACCAUAAUAGUACUAAUAACAAACUAAUGAUGCCACAUUUCUUAGACACUAAUUUAAAGUUUAUUUCUUGUGAUAAAUACUCUGUACCUUAUGAAACCAUAAAACAUCUAUUCUUUUAUUUUAAUAUGUCUUUAUUGAUUUUGUUUUGAGAGAGAGAGAGAGGAAGGGAGAGGGAUAGAGAGAUAGAAACAUAGAUGAGCGAGGAACAUCAUCAAUCAGCUGCCUCCUGCAUGCACCCCACUGGGGAUCAAGCCCAGCAACCCAGGCAUGUGACCGGUGACUACUUGGUUCCUGGGUCGAUGCUCAACCCCUGAGCCAUACCAGGCUGGCUAAAACAUCUAUUCUUAACACUUUUUUGGAGAAUUCUUUCUCAUGCCCUUCUGACUCCUCAACUUUAUUGUUUUCACCAUCCCAGCAGUAAAUUACUGUACCUGGGAAGCCUUUCAGGCAUUUAAGAGUUCAAGGCUGCUCUCCAUAGCAUGAACAAUAGGCACCUAUUUCACACCUUUCCCAUCCUCUGAUAACUUAGUUCAUGCUUCCAGUUGUUUUGUUAAUAACAAAGAUUUUAUUGCCAUGAUAAUUAUUCACCUUUGGAAAUUAGAGCAAGUGUGAUGUGCCCAGCAGAAGGUACAAGUGGAGGAACCAUCUUAUGUCAGCAAAAAACAAACAUGAAUCCCUUUGUGUGGUUAUUAUCUGAGUUAACCUCUUUAAGUGAAUAGUACUGAAUUAUAUGAUUACAAAUAUUUAUGUCAAUAAAUAUUGUGAAGGAUUAAAACACAAAGCUGCUAUAAAAGCCUCAUAUGUCAUUGGAUA